AUGAACAACUUAACGUUAGACGGAUCCACGGAUUGCGUUAAUCACAAUCUGAAAGAGAAGGAGAACAAACGUGGUAAAGAACGCCGUCGACACCUUCUUCAUCUUAUAGUAGCCUAUCUGGAAAAUCAGAGUUUGACGGAAUCCGCUAAUACGCUUAUAACGGAAGCUCAUUUAUCCAAAGACAUUCAGGUUUGCGAUAACAUGGAUCUGGAAAUGAUCCUUCUGGAGUACAACAUUUAUUACCAGAUGAAAUUCAACAAACACCCCAUUCUGUGUAAGAGAGUCGUAUCGUCCGAUAACAAAAACGUAAUGAACUCCAAACAGCAUAACAAGGUCAAGAAUACAAAUAAGGCAAGAAAGGAGACAAACCUCCAAACAACCAACUCUGAUUCCAAUAAUGAUAUCAACGACGCAAUUACGGUGAAGUCGAUUUUUCACAACGAAUGCGAUGAUGUACCUGCCGCGGUAAAUGCUCCUCAACAAUCAUUAUACUCUAAGAUAUCGAAGUCCAUCGAAAAUCUCUACACGACGGAUUCUGAAUUGCACAAGAUGGCCGAGGUGGUCUCAAAAGAAAUUGUGCUGACAAAUUUGAACGUUCACUGGGAUGACGUGAAGGGCCUCGGGGGUUGUAAAACAGUCAUAAAGGAGGCCGUCGUAUACCCCUUAAAAUACCCCUUUUUUUUCAACGAGAAAUUUUCCCCUUGGAAAGGCAUUCUACUCUAUGGACCACCCGGUACAGGUAAAACCAUGUUGGCGAAGGCGGUCGCAACGGAGUGCAAUUGCACGUUCUUUAACAUAACAGCCAGCUCGUUGGUCAGUAAAUGGCGAGGCGAUUCCGAGAAAUAUAUUCGCGUUCUGUUCGAUCUUGCAUACCAACAAUCGCCUACGAUUAUCUUUAUCGACGAAAUCGACUGGAUAGCCACGAAAAUUGAGAAUAGUUCAUUAUCCGAACCAGCAAGAAGAUUUAGAGCCGAACUUCUCACUAGGCUGGAUGGAGUAACGUCUCAAAACAAUUCGAAUGUUGUUCUGAUGGCUACCACUAAUGCCCCUUGGAACAUAGAUGCAGCUUUAUUAAGGCGCCUGGAAAAACAUAUUUACGUAUCGUUGCCCGAUUCAGAUACUCGAUACUAUAUGUUGCAGUCUUAUAUUUCACCACAUUUAGAUUUGCAUGACUCAGAUAUAAUUAGGAAAACUGCACAUUAUUCUGGCGCUGACAUAAAAAUGCUUUGCAAACAAGCGUGGAUGUUACAAGAAACUCCGACUUGGAUACGUCAUGAGAACAAAGAAGUAUCCGCGUUGAAAAGCAAGUAUGAAAUCUCAGACUUGGAUUAUUUGAUGGAUGCGUUAAAGUACGUGAGACCCACAGCAUCGGAAUUAAUACCUAAGUACACUACAUGGCAAGAAUCACUAACAACGAACUAUUCAUAUUAA